CUGCGCUGGUCGUUCUCGCCCGAUGUGCGCAUGCGCAUUAGAACAGGAUGCCAAUUAAUUUGCAGUUGAUGAAAGGCUGAUAAAAAGACGUUGGUUCACUUGUAGAGCACAUUAUUUCAAGAAGAAGAGUACGGUGUUAGUAGAAGAAACGCGAGUUGAGUAAGUGCCAGAGAAUGAGUGGUUCUGAUGAGCGACACGUAGUCCAGGCUCGUCUCCUGGGAUCGGACGACUCGUCGAACAAAAACAGGCGAAAGAGCGAUAAAGAGUUUGCAAUCGAUAUUACUCUGUCGGACGAGAGCAGUUACGUCAUAUUCAGGACAGUGAAAGAGAUAGCCAGCCUCCAUACAAAGCUGGUGGCACAAUUCCCAGUGGAAGCCGGCUACUUUAACAAGAAGGAAGCGGUCAUCCCGAGCUGCCCGCUCAAGAUGACCAUAUUCGGUCCGUCGAGGGUCGUGCGCGAGGACAGGAUCUUUGAGAGACUGCUCAAUUCCUACAUCAAGGAGCUGCCCAGCAUGCCCGCCAGUAUCGUAAAGAGUGACAUCAUCAAGAAAUUUUUCCAACUGCGUACGUCGGAUAUGAGUGAACCUGGACAAGCGCCCAAGACCUCUAAUAACAAGAAGAGGAAAAAGAGCGAGCCAAUCAAAAUGACUGCUGAUUCUAGCAUCACUGGACCGAUGAGACUGAGGUCCUACUAUGCAGUGGCCUGCUACAGCGACUCCAAGACAAAGUUCAGUUUUGCAGAGGGGGCAGUGCUACAGGUCCUCCAGAAAGACCCAAGUGGUUGGUGGAUGGUGGAUGCUAGUGGAGCCCUGGGCUGGGCUCCAGCCUCCUACCUAGUCCCUGUGGACGAGGAAGACAUCGCAGAGGAGAAAGAGGAGAACGAGAGACUCAUGUCCUCCAUGAGAGUGGGUGCAAGGUACAUCAGCUUGUCGGCCUACCAGGCGUCUCGUGACGAUGAAAUCAGUUUUGUGAGUGGAGCAAUUGUCAAACUCAUCAAGAAAUAUGCCGACGGAUGGUGGCUAAUCAGGUACAAUGGAGGGGAAGGAUUCGUCCCAGGAUCCAUGUUUCGCAAGUUUGACCGUCGUCAGGGCACAGCCUACGUCAAGAACAUAAGGAGAAAGUUCCACGCCCGUAAGAGUACCAGGAUCAUCCCUACCAUGAAGCCCAAGUGGAUGAAUGACAGCACUGCUUCUUCUUCUUCUCCUUCUCCUUCAGUUAGCAACCUUGUUCUGUACCAGUGCCUCACCAGGUACAAAGCCUCUGACAGUUCGGAGCUCUCACUCAACAAAGACGACAUUGUCAAAGUCCUGGACAAGAAGGACCACGGAUGGUGGUAUGUGGAGGACAUGCACGGGAGGGCGGGGUGGGCCCCUGCCACUUACCUGGGUCAGGUGGUAGAUCGCAGCAAGAAGAACACCAACCCUCGUCAAAACACCAUUGUUGGGUCAACACGAGAGGUUCGCCAGUCCUACACGUCGCAGCAGAAGGACGAGCUGUCGGUAGUGAGCGGAGACAAGGUGACUGUACUCUCAGCCCCUGAUGACGGCUGGUGGGUCGUAUGCAACAUGUCCAGCAUGGAGCAGGGACUUAUUCCAUCCGUGUGCCUUAACGAGGUGACCUCUGACCCUUCGGAAAAGGGGCAGGAGCCAUCUGCAGAGCUCCUUGAGAGUAUCAAGGAGCUGUCGGAGGCCCUGGAGUCUCAGGAGAAGGAGACAGAGGAGGCAAGCGGUGGCGGGGAGGAGGAGGAGGAGGGAGAGGAGGAAGAAGAGGAACAGAACAUCUCGGACAGCUACAGCUACGGUUCAGACGUAGAGGAAGAGCUGAUGAUGGACGGAGCGUGCUACAUCUCUACCACCUCCUAUCACAAACAGGCACAGGACGAGCUGAGUAUCCACGAGGGUCAGGUGGUCUGUGUCGUUGACGAUUCCGACAGCAGCAUGUUCUAUGUGAUGGUGGACGGGAAGGAAGGCUGGGUCCCUUCAGACGUCCUCAAACUGACGGCAGGGACUGGAGGCUGGAGCAUGUCUUCCUCCAUGAACUCCCUCAACUCUCGCGGUCGCUCCCACUCACGCAGCGUGUCCCCCAUGCCCAGUCGCUCUCCCAGUCCAAUGGACCCGGCUGAUUUUGUCACUGGAGACAAGCAUCUGACACAUCAGGCCUCCACAUCAUCGACACCCAGCAAGGCCUACCUCCGUCCCAUCCCACGCAAGCGCCAGAUGGCCACACGCACCAAGAGCCUCGAGAAUGUGGAUCAUGAAGUCGCCUCCAUCAACAACAGGAAACUAUGUGAGCAGCACCUCUGUCGCAUUGUCUGCCAUAAAUACACACUUGCUUUAUAUUGAGAGGUUUUCAGACUACGUACCAGUAAAUUCUGGACCAGGAAAAAGGGAAAUAAUUAUAAUUAUGGCAUAACAAUAAUGUUUUAAAUCCAAUAAGUGGCACUGACUUGUUGGUAAUAUUUGGCAUAUGCAUUCUCUGAUUGGUAGUGCACCUGAAUGGAUACCAGGUAGCUUUUAAAGGAGUGAUAUUUGUAGUUUCAGAGCCAACUGCGGCCAACAGCCAAACAGGUGGAGACCAUUUUGUAAGGCAGAACAACCAGUCAGCGAAAAAAAACAGCGAAAGUUUGCCACCAACUUUGACCUUGAAACAUCUAGGCUCUAAUGGCACACACAUAUAACGUGCCACCGUAUAUAUAUAAACACUGUUAUUAUGCUGCGCAGCGACAUCGAGUACAGUCCAGAUCCACGUGGAGGAGGAGAGGGAGCUAGAUGAGGGAGCCAGUGCGGAGGACAUCGAGCAGGCGGCCCUGGAGGCAGAGAGACAGGCCCAGGAGGCCCAGCGGAGGGCAGCUGAUCUGCGUGAGAGGGCACAGAGAGUACGGCGCUCCAUCACCCCUUCGGAUUAGAUAGCAGUGCAGCAGACAAUCAGCCAGAUACCACAUAAACAUGACAGAAUUAAUUGUGUAUGUAUAGACAGGGUAAAAAGCUAUGAUAUUAAUCGUAUGACGUAUAGAUUCAUUUUCAUACUGCCAAAGUCAUCCAGUGUGUAUGUGUGUGUGUAAUAUUAUCGGAACUGUACAUUUAUGCUGCAUGUGAUGACUACGAGGUAGAAAGGCAAAGGCACAACAAACAAGUCAACUACAUACAUCACCUAUGGUUUUCAUGACAUUAUAGCUAGAAAACCUAUUUCUUGCAGCCGCCA